AUUAUCAUUCACACGGAGGUGAGCAAAGGACACGCCCGGGACUCGGUGGCUCAGUGUUCGUCACGCACGAUGGCUGCCAAGACGCUGUUUCUUCUGCUCGCUGCCACGCUGACCCAAGUGGCUUUUGGAUUCAAACUUGAAGAGUCUGAUCCAUCCCAGGCAGUGAACGACUGGCCAUGUCCUCAACAAAAUGACAUAAAGCCUUGUGUAUGCUACAGAAAUAGGGAUUUGUUGAGCCUUGAUUGCUCUGCUGUAACCAGUGAUCUCCAACUACAGUCUGCAUUCAAGGCGUAUUUCCCAUUUGAGAAUUUUACUUUGCUGACUAUUAUUGCAAAACCAAAUGAAAAGCGAGUUCCCAUCAACUAUUUAUCCGAAGAUAUCUUCCAGAAUGUGACUUUUGCCAACAUCAGGAUCAGCCACACCGAACUAAGUUUUAUUCAUCCAACUGUGUUCGAUAAGUCUGCUUCACACCUCAAAACUCUCAUUGUAACUGACAGCUUUAUCACUCUUUUCCCAUUUGACAUGGUGGACAAAGCACCAUUACUGACGGAUCUUCGUGUCUUUAGAAAUGAAAUCCUGCAUCUUCCAGAAAUGACUUCUGAUUCUUUGACUUACCUACACAUCGGUUACAAUCCUGGUAUACAGUUCGGUGACCAUGCUUUUGAGGCUCUGCCAAACUUGGAGUACUUGGUUGCUAAUGAUAUUGCUCUUUCACAUGUAGCACAGAAUGCAUUUAUCAAAAACAAAAACCUCAAGUACCUGGACCUGAGUCACAAUUCAAUAGAAACACUCUACAGAGAUUCCAUCAAGUUCCAGAGUCCCAUUGAAGAAAUCAAACUGAAUUCAAAUAACAUCCAUACUGUUGAAGUGGGCGCCAUUUCAGCGCUAGGAAGCCCCCCCUAUACCAUCCUGUGGAUGCACAAUAACUCUGUGGUGAGCCUCGAUCAGACGGUGUGGGAACCGGCCUUCAACAGUGUGCGUGGCCAAGUUCGCACAUUUGUAUUUGAUGAUAAUCCAUUGCUGUGCAGCUGUAACGUUCUGUGGUUGUUGGCGGAUAAUGACCACAGGGAUACCAUUAGCACGGGCGCCUAUUGCGUUGACACUGGCACUGAAAUACAUAAUGUUGAUGUGGGUUUCUUACAGGAUAGCUGUUAGAGGAAUCCUGUUCCUAAUUGCCCUCUAUAUCUCUACUAUCUGUGUGUGUGUGUGUGAGAGAGAGAGAGAGAGAGAGAGAGAGAUUCAGAAUUGGUGUAGCUUGGCAGCAUCACAGUAUGAUUUAAUGUAUUCAUUGAUUAGACUCGCUGGCAAAUGUGGCUCCUUGAUUCGUUAGCGCCUAUUUCAAUUUUCUCUUGAGAUAAGCUGGCUGUAUGAUUAAAGUAUUUCUAAAAGAUUA